AUGAGGGCAGGAUUAGGCGAAGAAGAGUUCUCUGAAUGGCUGAUUAAGCUGGGUAACGGUGAGCUGGAAGCAAGAGAAAAUGAUGAAAUCGAAUUACCUGUAGCCUGUAUAUCAGAUGGUAAUUUAGCUGAUGAAAUAUUCGGCAACCAUAUCUCUCUGGCAGAUGUUCAAAAUCUAUGUGAUAAAGUGAUUCUCUGUCCAAAGAAUGAACACGCUCUCAUGGUAAGUGAACAAGUACUGCAACGCUUGCCCGGCACAGCAAAGGUGUACACAAGUAUAGAUGAAGUCGAAUGUGAGGAUGGAGAAGAUGUUAGCAAUUAUCCCACGGAAUUUUUGAAUAGCUUGACACCAUCGGGAAUGCCUCCUCAUAAACUGAACUUACAGGUUGGUGCAAUAGUUAUGCUGCUUCGUAAUUUAGAUGUCCAUCAAGGACUUUGCAAUGGAUCUCGACUUAUUGUGAAACAACUACAUAA